GGCUGCCACCCUGCACACAGUUGGUAUUUUAUGCGGUUAGAAUACCGCAGCAAACAGUUGCUGCAAAUUAAAUGGAUUAAAAUACAAUUUCAUUAUAUCUGACCGAAAGAAAGACAAUUCCGAUUUGCAAUUCAUUUCGACACCACUUCAAUUCAUUGCUGCUGGAAAAGAGUGAAAAAUCCCCUGUUCUGUUCAAAUUUGUGGUAUUUUCAAUCGCUUGCAACCCUGCCUUGUGAUCUAUCGAAACGGCGAAAGUUUUCUAUGACGAUGAGAAGUCGAAUUUUUGGAUUUUUCGCGUGACAAGUUGGUGGUGAAAAAAAGCAGGCAGAACCUUAAAAAUUAAUUCAGGAACUUGGCAAGCGAUUGGCAACUGGAAAGCGCAGCGCUGGCGGGUGCGGGCGGUUAAAGUAGGGCGUGAAAAGUCGACAAAAAAAAUCAAUUGCCUCUUGGUCGUUUUCAAUUUCCCAAUUCAUAUUCUCUGCGUGUGCAAAAAAAAAGCGAACAAAAAAGGAAAAGCGAGAAGAAAAAAAUAGACUGCAAAGGAAGGAGGAAAAAAAAACGGCGAACGGAAAGACGGAGCAAAAACGAAAAGGCGAAGGCAGCAACGUAGAAGUUAAAGAAAAUGUGCACGAAAAGGGGCGGAGGAGCCAGGAGCCGUGUUUUCGAGUCGCCAGCAGUAUAAAUAAGUUACCAUCCAUCGAUAACACAGCGCGAUUCGAGUCGCGGAAAUAGGCGAAAAUACAAAAUAUCGCAGUGAAAAUAAAAUUUUCCAAAUAGAAAGAAGAGCCUCCUCUCUCUUGGCCUAUCCUUUGCUCUUGCUCUCUCUCCCACUCCCGCGACUGGGUGGCAACGCGCGUGUGUGUGUCUGUGUGUGUGUGUGAGUGUGCCGCGUGCGUGAGUGUGUGUGUAGCUCGAAAGAGCAAAAAAAAAAUAGAUUUAACAAAAAAAAGAAAAAUAAGAGAAAAAGUAGGAGAAGCAAAAUAACCGACUGUGUCUUUGUUUGGAAUUUCUUGAUAAUUGCAACAUAAGUUACCAUGGAAUACUACCUAGGAGGAUAUGUGUACAUGAACGGAGAUGCAGUCAAGAUCCAGCCGCCCGUCUACACGAACGUUCCUGUCGAGACGGCAAUGCUAGCCACCAAUCUGUUUGGAGCCACCACCCAAAUCGCAGCCUCACCCGCAGCAGCCGCAGCCGCUGCCCACAUACCGUUGAUCACAGCCGCCGCUGCCGCCGCCGCAGCCGCAGGUGGAGCACCAGUACCGCCAGUAGUAGCUCCCACUCCAGUUGCCGUAGCUCCAGUGGCCGCCCCUGGAUCAGCAGUCGGAUCAGUAGCGCCCGCCGGCCAAAUCCUGGCCCACACGCACGUAGCCCACCAACAACAACAACAGCAGCAGCAGCAACAACAACAACAGACGCUCCAACAGCAUCUUCACCAGCAGCAGCAACAACAGCAAUCGCCGCAUCCCGCCCAGCAUCUGACAUACGGCAAUCAGCCGGCGCCUCCACAGGCCACGCCGGCUGUGGGAACUGUAGCUGUAGGCGGAGUAGCAACAGGAGGAGCGGUGGGAAGCCAGGAGUCCCAGACCCAGGACACCAACGAAUACGCCAUCAUGAAUGGCACACUCGCCCAGACCCAGGACGGCACUGUGGUCUGCUACACCACAGAUGCCCUCAGCAAUACGAAUUUAGUUGCUCUCGAUCCGCAGCAGCCCCAUCAGAUUGUAGUGCCGGUCCAGGUUCCUGUCCAACUCCCAGUCCAGCCCGUUCAGCUGCCCGCGAAUGGCCCAGCCGAUCAGCAGCAGGGUGUGCACAAUGCAGCCCAGGGCGGGGAGGAGUCCAACAUACCGCUGGACAAGCUCAAGCAGAUGCUGGCCACCCAGCUUGAGUACUAUUUCUCCAGAGAGAACCUGGCCAACGAUACUUACCUGCUCUCCCAAAUGGACAGUGACCAGUAUGUGCCCAUUUGGACCGUGGCCAGAUUCAAUCUGGUGCGGAAACUAACCAAUGACAUAAAACUCAUCACCGAGGUGCUGCGUGAAUCGCCCAAUGUCCAGGUGGACGACAAAGGUAUGCGCGUGCGUCCCAAUCGCAAGCGUUGCAUCAUCAUUCUGCGCGAGAUAUCGAACAACACGCCUCUGGAUGACGUCAAGGCUCUGUUCAGCAACGAGAGCUGCCCCCGGCCGAUCUCCUGCGAAUUUGCCGCCAACAACUCGUGGUACAUCACCUUCGAGUCGGACGACGAUGCGCAGAAGGCGUUUAAGUACCUGCGCGAGGAAGUCAAGGAGUUCCAGGGCAAGCCGAUCAUGGCCCGCAUCAAGCCCAAGUCGUUUAUCAAUCGCAUCCAAGCUGUACCAAAUAUGAAGAACGGCUACGGUCUAACGUCGCCGCCGACUGCCAAUGUCUUUGAUCCAUCCGGAGCCGGUGCGGCUACAGUGAGCUAUGCGGGUGCUCAGCAGCCCCGCUACCUGUACACCAAUGGAGCGGCCCUCGCGGCUCCGGCGUCAGUUCCGUACAGCAAUCCUGUACUGAUUCCGAUUCCGCAAAAUCAAUUCUAUCCCGGCUUGGUGGCUGGACCCUGGCCACCUGGUACUGUGGCCGCGACUACCGCCCAUGGCCAGAACUUCUACGAGAUCGGGGGCAACCUCUUUGCCGCCAAUCCCUUGGCUCCGCAGGCUGUGGCCGCCAGUUUCGCUCAAGCUCCGCCACCCACCGCACAAACGAUGGUAACGUCCAAGCCGCAGGGCGGUGGGCGCUACAACAACAAUCACCGCGGCAAUCCAAACAAUGUGGGCGGUGCGAAUUCGGGACCACGUGGCGAGUCGAGGGGCAAACCCCCGCGCAACACACAAACAGCUUCGCACAUCCAAGGCGGCAGCAUUGUGCCCAUCCAGAUAACUGGCGCCAUUCCCGGUGGAAUGGUGAGCGUGGUCCCGGCGAACAUUGUGCAGGAUUCACUGCAGCAAGCUCCGUUGCAUCAGCAACAGCCGCAGCAAGUGAUCCAGCAGAUCCAGCAGCAGCCAACGAGCUCGUCUCAACAGCAGGCCACUGUGCAGGUGAACAGCUCGACUCGUCACUAUCCCAUCAAGAGCAACUGGAAGGGCGGCAUGCAAAAGAGUCUGGACAAGAGCUACGGCGGUGGAGUGACUCACCACCACUACACCACUCAGGUGCAGGCCCUGCCCGCCCACAGCCACCACCUGCAGGCGCAACAGCAGCAGCAACAGCAACAGGGACAAUCCCAGCAGCAGCACUAUCAAUUGGCUUCCUCCGGCGCUGCCAGCGCUCCGCAAGUUACCUACGUGACCGCUGCCCCGGCCCAGCCACAGCCUGGUCAGCACCAGCACCACCUGGUGGUGCAACAGACGCAGCCCCAACAGCAGCAGCAGCAACAGGUCGUUGCCAUCCAGCAGCAGCAGCAGCAGCAGGUUCAGGUGCAGCAGGAGCUGCAGGAGGCGGGGGAAGGCGUGGAGCAUGGCUCGCACGCCAUGCAGCAGGUCAAUCGCAGCAGCAACAUGUCGGCCAGCUCCUCCUCAUCGCUGGCCACUUCGAUCAGCAAGGAGCCACUCCAGUGGCAGAAUCGCACGCGUCGUCGUCGUCGUGAUGAGGAGGGCGGACUUAACUACUCCCCUGCCGGGCGAGUUGGGAUCUACGGCAGCUCACCCUCGAACCCGCAUCAACAGCAGCACUUGCUGUCGUCUUCCUCCGGCAGUAAUAUACAGUCAGGGGGCGGAGCCGACAGCGCCUCCCAUCGUGGCGAGCGUCAGAGUCACUACAACACCAUUCACGAUGUCCCACCGCCCCAGCACCGUGGCAACUACAAGGGCAACAACUACAAUCCGCACUACCACGCCCAGCAGCACUCGUCGAUGGCGAGUGGCUCGCACCACCAUCACCACCACAAUGCCCUGUCCUCUCAGCAGCAGCAGUCGCACCACCUGACCUCCGGCACCGGACAGCAGGGCUCGUCGUCGGGUCACCACUAUCAUCACCACCAUCACCACAACUCGAUUGGCAGCAAUGUGGGCAACAGUGGCGGUUUGGGCGUUAGCAGUGGUGGAUCUGGUGGCGGUGGAUCCGGCGGCGGAUCGGGCAGCAAUAGCUUGUCGGGCGGAAGUAACGAGCGCGGUAUUCAUCACAGCUCCUUGGGCUAUCAGGGCCACCAGCACCAACAGCAGCAGCAGCAGCAACAGCAGCAGCAGCAACAACAGCCGGCGGCGCCAGUUCAGCCGCCGCAAUUCGACCUGGAGGCAGCCGCCUUCCCACCACUGCCAGCCACCUCGGCCAAUGCACCGCACACACCUCAGGCAGCCACUGGCGGAGCUUCCUCCCUGCUUAACUCCUCCACGUCGUCCGCCUCGUCCACGGGUUUGGGCCAAAAACAGGCACUGCAUCAACAGCAGCAGCAGCAGCAGCCACAGCAUCAGCACCAACUACUGAGUAGCAGUGUGGAGAGUGAGGAGCAGCGUCCAAGCAAUCUUCAGGGAUUGGAGAGCAGUAAUUCCCACUUGGCCAGCACUUCCUCUGCCAACAAUUGGGCCGAAAGCCGAUUGUCGGAUGUGGUGCGCACUGGAGGAGGAGGUGGUGGAGCAGCAGGAGGCGGCAAGGGAAAGGCGCGCAAGGACAACAGGCACCAACAGCAGCCACAUUUGGCGGCCCACAACUAUCAACCUCAACAGCAGCAGCAGCAGCAGCGCAAUCCACCUGUUAGCCCCACGCCCCACGCUUUGGGCGCUGACUAUGCGCUCCAGCUGCAAGAGGGCAACAAUACUAAGAACAACGUUACUAAGCAGAGCUCCAGUAACAACAAUUCGAUCCAUGUGAUAAAGUGUCUAACACCAAAUAUCAAUGCCAGCAGCGGCAAAGAGGAGGUGGCCGGAACCCAGCAUCAGCAGCAGCAGCAGCAGCAGCUGGACAAAUCAAACAAGACUGAGGAUGAAGUGCAUCCAAAGCAGCCAACGCAUCGACUGGCUGAAGGCUACAUUCAGCAGCAGCAGCAGCAGUUGCCACCGCUGGCUGGCCACAACGAGUACUCCGCCGCGGGCGCUGGCGCCUGUAACGUGGUGGAGGGCAACCUACUGACCACCAGUCUGGCCGAGUGCAGCCUCGGGCAGCAUAAGAAGCCGCCCUCGGUGGCCGCCCUGCAUGCCAAGAAGGAGGCCAAUCUGCUGGAGAAGGGUGCCAGCAAGCACAAGAGCGUGGCCACGUCCACGUCGACGGAGAAUUUAUCGGCAGCGGCUGCGGCCACGGCCAGCAAGCUCAGCUAUGCCCAGGUGGCCCAGCACCACAAGGCAGCCGCCGCCAGCGCGGCGGACAGCAAGGAAGCCGGCUCCGGCGGCUCCACUGGCACCCUCUCGCCCACCGGCAGCCACAAGAUGGACCUAGUCUUCGGCGAUCCCGCCGCCGUGGUGGCAGCCGUCGUGGAGAAGAGCGGCCUGGCCACAGCCACACUUUCGACCGAGAAGCGGGCCGCAGGCGGUGCCUCGCCAGCCGCGAUUUCCGUUUCCGGCAAGGCAAGUGGUCCCCUAACAACCACCAAUGCCACACAAGGCAGCGUUGCUGUCGUCGUGGUCUCUGCCAAAGAGAAAGAUAAUCGUCCCAAUGCCUCCGUUCGCCAACUGAGCAAGGAGAAACAGCAACAACAGCAACACCAGCAGCAACAUUACAGCUCUGCAACAGAGCACAAUACCAAUGCCAAUGUGGGCUCGGGAACUGGCGGCAACCGCAAGUCCAGGGCCAACAACUCUUAAGGGAGGACGAAGUGGAGGAGUGGAUAAUCGCGUUGCCAAAGCAAGGCAACUGUGAGAUACCUUUGCAGGAUGCCCUCCAAAGGAUGCAUCCGCCUGUACAUAUAUGAAAUUCCAUGUGUAAAUAUGAGCAGACCUUUUUUGUUAUACCUAUAAGUGCUAUAGAUAGUUACGAGCAAACUAAGGAGGCAUAUGAAAGCAUAUUGCAGUAGUGGCCGCUGCUCGAGUGACGCGGAAUCGAGAGCAGCAGAAGCAGAAGCAAAAGAAUAGAAGCGAGCAGUGGACGACGCUUGGACCAGUUAUCAUAUUAGUAGGCAAAGACGAAAAAUGAAUGGUGCAUAACCCUUUCUCCAGCUAUAUUUAAUCAGUUAUCAGUUAAUGUUAAUCUACCUAAGCUAAUGUUACCUAGACUCGAUGGGUAAUCACUUAGUUUAGCGCCGCGAUCUGGCGAUCCGGAGAUCCAGGGAGGAAGAGGAGGAGGAGGCGACAGCCAGAGGAGAAGAGACAAGAGAUGAAUAUGCCUAAGCUAUAUUUACGAUUACCAAUAACGAUAAACGAUGCCGAGUGAAUAAGUCUAAGAGGUUUGAUGAGCGUAGUUAGCCAACUUGCAUCGAACGACAAAGCCGAACUAUAAAUCAAGCUAAGCCAAGCAAAGGACGGAGAAUAGGAAAAGAGGAAAUAUUAGGUUUUAUUGAUAAAUUACCGAUGAACUCAUCAUGAAUCACACCGUUGAUUUAACGUUUUAUUAACUACAUUUAAUAUUUCAUCAUUUUCAUUUUUGCUUUCGCAUCAAAAAACAUAAUGUUUAUAGCCAAAACAGAAGUACACAGAUACGAGUACGUAGCGAAAAAAGCUAUGUCUCCGCUAGUCCCACAGGUUAGGGUUACUUCUAUUAUUUAGAAAUAUUAUAUAUAAUAUAUAUACGAUCGUUUUGAAUCAUUGUAACAUUUUAACGGAUGAUCUUGUUUGAGCAAGUCGUUUUUUUGUUUUAAAUAACUUGAUUAUGGGGAUUCUCGUACUUAGUUCAUGACUUAAGGGAUCCGUUAACACAGACACACCUGAAUACGCCUAGACAAACUUAUCUUCCCCUUUUUCCUUUUCCCCCAGACACUGAACCCCUAUUUUUAUACUUAAUCGUAUGAUCGCGUGGGUAGGACUUACAUUUUAAAAUUGCAUUUGUUUCCACAUAAAAGCAAUUUUCUCAGUUUGAUGGUUUCACACGUCUAUUUCAACAAACAAAGAACGAAAACGAAAUGAAUUAAGAAGUUAGUGCAUUGCUAAAUACUAAACACUAAACUUAAUCCUUACAAAGCGUAGGUGGACACACAGCUCAGCUCAGCUCAUAAGACAAACACACUAUCUAAUGUUAUAAUUACGACUUAGGACUCUAUACAAAAAGGUGCCAUAAACUAAAAACCACACACACACAGACACACACGAAAUUCUAUGAGGUUUAGGACAACACACACUCAAAAUAGGCAUUUAAAACGAAUUCUUUUCAUAUGGUUUUUUUUUCUGUCUCUCAAUUUGCAAAGAUGCUGCUUCAUCCUCGCCCCUAACCCCAAAUUAUUGAUGCUCAUCUUAGAUUAGGAUUGCUUAUAACAUUUUAAUUAUUAUUUUGCCUUUUAAUUAUUCACGAUUUCACGCACAAAUUGAUUUAUGGAGUCUUAAUUUAUUUUGAAAUGUAAGAAGCAUGUAAAUUAAUCCUUGAAGCAUAAAACAAUUGGCAAGGGAGAAGAGAAAAUAAUCAGUAGUUUUAAGAGCGUACACACGAUAUCUACAAACUAUUCUAGGCAAUAAGAAUUACGUUUAGUAUGCAGCAUAUAUAUGGAUAUUCACACUUAACUUAACAUUAUUUCUUCUGUUAAUUAUUUUCCUUAUUUGAGAACAAAACGGCUCCGCCCUUUACCACUUCCACUUCCAUUUCCACAAACCAAAACGAAAAAAUCAUUUUCAUUUUUUCAUUCACACACAACUUUACCAAUGAACCGAAGAAAACCCGCGUAUUAUUUUUGUUCUCUUGAAUUAAUUGCUUAUGAACCCACUGUGAACAAACCGAUCAAUGUUUUUCCAAAACAAACAAAACAGAGUACUAAAUCUUUCAUCCAAAAUCCAAAAAAAAAAAAAAUGAAAAACGAAGGAGAAUAAGAAAAAUUAACUCUAAACGCAAGACUUCCAACCAAAAUGAAAUUGAAAAUAUAAGAAAAUGGAAACUAAACUGAAAAAUCAAUAUAUAUAAACACAUAUAUUUUGUUUCUAUGAAAACAAUCGAAUAUGUUAAGUGCCUAUACUAACUAAUAUGUAACAUACGAGAGCAGGAUACAGACCGACCACUGAGCCAACAACCAAAGUGACCCCAUUCGCACAUCAAAUGGCAUCUAAUCACACACCCCACCACACUACUCACACUCACACACACAACUGCCUUUAGGACAUAAACGGCUUUCAAUCAGUCAAUCAAUCAAUCGAUCCUUCACUCAUUAAAAUCUUGGCAAAAGCCAGGAUUCCGAUAGUUCGCUAGGGAUGAAGGCCACAUACAGAUAGUAUACCUUGCUCAGUGGUUCGUCGCGUACCCCCGCCACACAAAAUGUAUCUUUAAAUAAUUCAUAGUUUAUAGUUUGUAUCUACCCCCUCCAAAUUGAAGAAAAAGACCCAAACUAUAUAAUAUCCAACUAACCCCAACACUCAGACACAUAUUUCUUUGGAAAGUUCUCAAAUGAUUUUGUUGUGCUCAUCACUCACUGUCGGCUGCCAACACAAACGAAUACAAAAUAACACACCAUACACACACUACACACACACACUCACACACUGUACAGUUGAACCUCAAUAGGGCGGACUGCGACUGGGACUGCGGACUGUGCUUUAGGUGAUUGAAUGAUGAAUGAGAGACAGGGGUUUAGUGGCCAAAGUGGAGCUAAUGGACUCCAUGGGCGGCGGCUCCGAAAUUCCGACAAUGAGAUGUGAUAUUAUGCAAUUGAAAACAAAUCAUCAAUUGUGUGCGACAAAAAACAAAAACAAAUAAACGGAACGAUGGGGUUUGGCCAAAGCCCAUCGAGGUUGCUCAGCCCACUUGACCAUGAGACAGUCGACAACUGGACACUUGGACACUUGACCAAACACGCUGUCCAUCCAGACGCUCCGAGAUCGAGAGACAGAGAGAUAGAAGAGAGUAUAGGGUAUAGGGAAAGUAAAAAAGGAACAUUGUUGAUGUUGAAUAAUUUUAAGGAAUACAAUAAAUUAAAUUAAAUUGUUAAAUUGUAAACCUCAGUUCUUAAGUUAUUUAUUUUUGUAUACUUAAGCAGCGCAUAUGACACCUUGUUAUAUUUACAAAAUAAUACUAUAUUGCAAGUUCAGCAGACAUGCCACGCCCAUAGAGCUAUGUAUUCCCCUCAUUGUCAUAUCUCCUGUACCAACACCCACCCACCCGCCCCCAAAAACAAA